AUGUCUAACAUAGACGAUAACAAAGAUCUUGGACAGAUGGAUGUGGAUGCAUCUGAAGAGUCAGCUAACACCAUGCCAUCAUCCCAGAAGCAGGAGGAAGCUGUAAAGAAAAAAUAUGGAGGAAUGCUGCCUAAAAAGCCGCCACUCAUAUCUAAGGACCAUGAGCGUGCUUACUUUGAUUCUGCGGAUUGGGCUCUUGGAAAGCAAGGUGGUGAGAAGCCUAAGGGACCACUUGAGGCUCUUCGGCCUAAGUUACAGCCGACGCAGCAGCAAACACGUUACCGUAAAUCUCCUUAUGCUCCUUCAGGAGAAGAAGGGGGAAGUGUUACAGCCGAGGAUGCACCUUCAAGCGAGUAA